GAUCCCCAUCAGGUGUUCUUGGUUUGGCUCUGUUGAGUACCCAUCUGGCACCAUUGUGUCUUUAAGUUCUGCCACUCAAAAGUGUAUUCACGGUACAACGCCUUCCAAAGUCCUGUCCGUGUGAAUUCAAGAUGGGCGUGGUGUUCAGGCUCUAACGUGUGUCGAUGUGUACUCAAGCAUCUUCAUGGUUCAAUAUAAUGGUGUGAUUAUAUUACCCAAUCCUAUGACCCUCACCAAGAGUGUCACGAAGAUGGGGGGGAAUUAAUUGAGACCCCUGGGUGUGCGUUGUGAUGAAAAUACUCGCCGAUGUUAAUCUAAUGCACACGUAUGGACCCAAUCCAGUGCUGGUUUUUAUUUAGAAACAAGAGCCAAGCGGGUGUCCCUCUCUAAACUUACUUUAUGAGAGCAGAGAUAAAGACAAGCAAUGAGGAACAAACGAGCGGUUACUGAUUACCUCCGGUAGACUUUAAGCUCGUCCUUCCGACGGAGAAGAAAGUGGCACAGGGAAGAUAUCGGAAUAAUUAAAGCCUCAAAAAAAAGACUUCAUCGUUCCUCUUCAAACCACCCAAACCUGACAAUGAGUGACAACGAGGAGGACAAUGAGAUCUCCUUUGCAGUAAAGCUGCUAGGGAGGGUGGAGGUGCUUCGGUCGGAUGGCAUUCAGGUCCUGGCGGAGGCCGUGGAGAGUGUAAAGAACUCAGAUGAAGACUCUGUGGAGAAAGUGCAGAAGAAGAACAAGGUGCAUCUGUUUCUGUCUUCUAGCGGGAUAGACAUCCUGGAGAAGAAAACCAAAUAUAUGCUGUACACCUGCCCAAUCUCCACUGUCUCCUUCUGUGGCGUCCUCCCCGCCACUCCCAAAGUCUUUGGCUUCGUGGCCAAACACCCGGCUUCAGACAUGUACCACUGCUACCUGUUCCAGAGCCAGAAGUUUUCCCACACUCUGGUGUCGUUGAUCGGCGAUGCGUUUCGAGUGGGGAAGAAAGAGGAGAAUGUCAGGGGCCAGCGAGACUUGAUCGUGGAGGCCCUCAGACACAAGAACAAAGUCCUGCAGCGAGAGAAUUCUGAACUGAGACAGAGGUUGGAAGAAAAGUAAAAGUGCUGUGGAAUCUCCCCAAAGAAAAUGCUGAAAACAAUACCACAUCACCAUGGAUAAAGAAUAAUUAGAAGCUUUCCAGUAUUUUGAGUUG